AUGUUCAUCACUCUCUACUUCAUAGUCACCCGCCUCCCUGACUCUCUUCGCUCUGUCAGGGACCACUUUCUCUCCCUUGACCCCACCUCCCUCACUGUUAACCUACUCGAGGAGCACCUCCUUGCAGCUGAGACUAGUGCAGUUGCUGUAGGUGCUGCUCGUGGCACUCCGCGCACGCCCUUGUUUGAGGGGUGCUCCCCCUCCCCCCUUGCCCCCUCCUACGCCUCUGCUGCUGCUGUAGACGUCCCUGGCACUGAGGAUGUCGGGGCUGCUUCUGCUAGUGGGAAGCGCCGCAGCAGCAAGGGCAAGGGUGGCAGGGGUGGUGGUGGUGGCAGCAGGGGUGGAGGUGGGGGCAGCAGUGGAAGUAGUGGAGGAAGUGGAGGUGGUGGCAGCGGUGGGAGUGGUGGCGGGAGUAGGGUCUCUGCUGGCGGCGGUGGAGGCAGUGGUGGGAGUGGGGGUUGUGGCAGCGGCGGGACUGGUAGCGGUAGGACUGGAGCUCAGCGUGGAGGUAUAGCGGCUGCUGCUCUAGGUGCUAGUGAGUCUGCUCUCCCUGGUACUGCGCUUGCUCAAGCCUUGCACACCUUCACGCUGGACUCAGGUCAGGUAGCACCCCCUUGUUCGUGUCGCCCCCUGUCGCACGAGACUCUUCUCUGGCACCACCGCCUUGGUCACCCCUCCCUGCCACGCCUUCGUGGCAUGCACUCCCGCCUCCUUGUCUCUGGUCUCCCCAGGUCUCUGCCUCCCCUCCCGCCCUCGCCUGGCCCGCCCUGCCUUCCUUGCGUCGAGGGGCGGCAGCGCGCCGCUCCUCACUCCUCGUUUCCCCCGAUGACUGCUCCCCUGCUGACUCUCCACAUGGACGUGUGGGGCCCAGCCCGCGUGAGUGGACAGGGCUGCGAGCGCUACUUUCUGCUGGUUGUUAACGACAACACGCGUUUCACCACGGUCUUCCCCUUGCACACCAAGGGUGAAGUCCCUGAUGUUUUGAUCCCUUGGAUCCGCGCGGUCUGUCUCCAGCUGGGCGAGCGUUUCGGCCAGGACCUUCCUGUCCUGCGCCUGCACUCUGACAAUGGUGGUGAGUUCUCCGACCUCUUGAGGGACUUUUGUCAUGGGGAAGGCAUCACCCGGUCGUUCACGCUUCCGGCCUCUCCGCAGCAGAAUGGGAUUGCUGAGCAUCGCAUUGGCUUUGGCAUGGAGGUCGCUUGUACCUCCAUGAUCCAUGCGGCUGCCCCCCAUUUUCUGUGGCCGUUUGCGGUCCGUUGCGCAGCGCAUCAGCUCAACCUCUGGCCCCGUGUCUCCUUGCCGGAGACCUCGCCUACACUGCGUUGGACGGGGAAGGUUGGUGAUACGUCGGUGUUCCGGGUCUGGGGCUCUCGUGCCUUUGUUCGUGAUACGUCCGCGGACAAGCUCUCCGCUCCCGCUAUUCCCUGCGUCUUCCUUGGCUUUCCCCCUGACGCGCCUGGUUGGAAAUUUUACCACCCCACCUCGCGCCGUGUCCUCUACUCUAAGGACGUCACGUUUGACGAGUCGGUUCCCUUUUACCGUCUCUUCCCCUACUGCUCUGCCCCUCCCCUGCCCCCGCCGCUCUUCCAUGCUCCUGGUCCUCCUCCAAUAGGCCCCCUCCCGCCCUAG